AUGAACCCACCAGAUCAAAGCAUUCACACGAGCAUCACCCUCGGUGAUCUUCCUCCAGAACUCAUCUCCGAAAUCGCCACCCAUCUCGAUCUCCGCUCAACACUGCGACUCGCAAGGACCUGCAAAUCCCUUCCCUCCCUCCUCACCAAGCAAAUCAGCCAUCAAGCCCAGACUCUUGCCUUGGCACCCCUUCAUCUCUAUGAAGAAAAUUUCCUCUUCGACGAGGGCCAACGAGCCGGAAUCGACGAGCCCAUGUUCAGUCUCCAUGCCACCUGGGGCGUUCCCGCAGGAGACUUUGGCGCUACCGACUCCGACAUUCUUGGCAAAGCCGUGGAAAAAGGUGAGCUUGACAUUGUGCGUGGACUCCUCAAGUAUGAUAUUGAUCCUAACGCCUAUGUGGUUUCCGGCGAACGAAUGCUGAGUCUAGCCAUCCAGUCUCGGUGUGUCCGGAUGGUGAAGUUGCUGUUGGAGUUUGGCGCGGACGCGUCGAGAUGUGACUUGAUCACGGGGACGAGUCCAUUGAUUCAUGCGGCAAGGGGCCAAAAGGAUGAGAUUGUUCAAUUUUUGAUCCGGGCAUCGGCGCGGUUGGACGCUGAUGGGGUGAUGCCUAUGCUGGCUUCCCGCUGCUCUGUGGAGACAGUUCAAAUGGCCAUGGAGCACGGGGGUGAUGUGGCGUGUAUAUCGUCGAGAGGUCAGACUGUGUUACAUAGUGUGGUUGGGCGAGAAGAUGCCGGUCUGUUUGACUGGGUUUUGGAGCAGCUUCCGCCUCAUGUUCUCAAUGCUCGAAACGAGCUCGAUCGAACAGCGUUGCAUGUCGCGGUGGAGAAGGGGGUCAAGUCUGGUUCUCCUUUCGCUAUGCUUCUCGCCUGUCAUCCGGAGAUGGAUGUCGAUGUACAAGACAUGUGGGGGUACACGGCGUUGCAUUUGGCAAUUCAGACGGGGAGGUUGGACGUGGUGCAAUGCCUGGUCAAGAGAGGUGCCAACUUGAAUCUCUUGACCAUUCAUGGCGAAAAUUGUUUCCAUGUAGCGGCAAUAUCUCGGUCGGUACCAAUCACACGCCUGUUGCUGGAACAUUGUGCAGUCAGUACAAGAGUUCCAUCUAUCGUGCCAGCAGGGGUCGGCGAGGGGCUUGGCCUUCAAGACGUCGCCAUGAAUACUUUGUUCCAAGACGCGGUCAAAUGGGAAUAUCACAGGCCCCUCCGUCGCUCCAGUGGACCUUCAACUGCUGGGACAUCCGUCACUAGAACAAACUAA